GCCCAAAAGCCUAAACUGAAAAAGCUCGCCGAAACUGGAAAAGCCCUUCCAAAGACACGAAUUCACACAUUUGUAUGUACUUUUGCCUCUUUUUUCUUUUUCUUUUAUUACUUCCAUAGUUGACACGAACGCCUCCUUCUGUAUUUACCAAAGCGAAGUCUGCCAUGAACUCCUCUGCUGGAGCUGGUCAUCAUGAUGACCAAUUAGAAGAAGAAGAUGCAGGGGAAGAAGUUUUCCUUGAUGAAAAUGAUAUUAUUCAGGAAAUCCCAGUUGACGAAGAAGAGCUUCCGGACAUUGAUGAUGAGGAAGGUUCUGAUGCUGAAGCACCAGAUGAACCUGAUGACUCGGUUCACAUAUUCACGGGUCAUACUGGUGAACUGUAUACCGUUGCAUGCAGUCCAACUGAUCCUAAUUUAGUGGCCACAGGGGCUGGAGAUGAUAAAGGAUUUCUUUGGAAUAUUGGUCAAGGAGAUUGGGCUUUUGAGUUACAAGGUCAUACUGAUUCAGUUUCUAGUUUGGGAUUUAGCAGCGAUGGUAAAUUACUUGCAUCGGGGGGCCUCGACGGAGUAGUAAAAGUUUGGAAUAUCUCGCCGCAGAGUCUGAGGUACACAUUUGAGGGCGCAGGAGGGGGUAUUGAGUGGGUUAAGUGGCACCCGAGGGGACAUUUAGUCUUGGCUGGUUCUGAGGAUUCCACGGUGUGGAUGUGGAAUGCUGACAAUGGGCUUUUCCUUAACAUGUUUGCUGGGCAUAAUAAUACUGUUACCUGUGGUGAUUUCACCCCAGACGGUAAAUCAAUUUGCACUGGCUCUGAUGAUGCAACUUUGAGGAUAUGGAACCCCGUAAGUGGACAAACUGCCCAUGUUGUUGGAGGCCAUGGCUAUCACACUGAAGGGUUGACAUGCUUGAGUUUUAGUUCUGAUUCUACCCUUGCUCUUACCGGUGCAAAGGACGGCUCUGUUUGUUUAGUGAAUAUAGCAACAGGACAGGUUGUUGGUUCACUAAUUGGUCAUUCUGAUUCUAUUGAAUGUGUUGGGUUUGCGUCAUCAAGCUCUCCAUGGGCUGCAACUGGAAGUAUGGAUAAGAAACUCAUUAUAUGGGAUCUUCCGCAUUUGAAUGCUCGAUGCACCUGUGAACAUGAGGAAGGAGUCACCUGCUUGAGAUGGUUGGGUACAUCGAGAUUUUUGGCUACCGGUAGUGUUGAUGGUAAAGUACGAAUAUGGGACAGUCUUUCGGGAGAUUGCGUAAGAACUUUCAGUGGUCAUGAUGAUGCCAUUCAAUCUCUUGCUGUGUCUGCCAAUGGAAAUUUCUUAGUUUCUGUUUCGAUUGAUCAUACUGCUCGCGUCUUUGAACUAGCAGGAUUCAACGAAUAAGAUAGUAUCUUUGUUGGCAGAAGUUAUGAUCAAUUUUUGUGGCAGCAUAAACUUUCCUUUUUGUUUGCUGAAAACAAAACUUUUUGUUUUAGGGAGAAUCUCCUUGAAGAGCUUUGUAAGAGAUGUACAGAUUAUUAUAUGGCAAAGAAUUUUGUUUAAUGUUAUUUGUUGAAAUGUUGGAUGCGUUUUGAUUUUUUUUUUUUUUUUUUGAAGUUCAUUUUUACUCUCCAUCUCCUCUUUCUUGUUAUAGCUGCUUUUAUUUUUUUCCCCACGAUGUACUCUUUCCG